AUGUGUUCUGAUAUCCAAGUUUUAAUUACCCGAAAUCCAAAACAUCUAUUCACUCACUUGUAUUCUCAUUCACCUUUAAACAACCAUACUUCUCAUAUGACACAACUGUCUACUACUCAUCAACAAACUCACAUUUAUCAUGUCAUCAACAAUGUGGAAAAUUAUUCAUGCAAUUCUCAAUGCAUGCAACAACAGAAAGACGAAUACGAUGAUAGAAUGAUUGUUCCACAGUAUCAUUUUCAUUGUCAUAUGUGGUGUAAUGAUGACGAUUGUAGUGUUACAGGAAGUCAUUCACUUACACAUACAACAAUAUCAUCAUCAUCAUCAUCAUCCGAAGCAUCAUCCGAAGCAUCAUCAUCAUCAUCAUCAUCCGAAGCAUCAUCAUCAUCAUCAUCCGAAGCAUCAUCAUCAUCAUCCGAAGCAUCAUCAUCAUCAUCAUCCGAAGCAUCAUCAUCAUCAUCAUCAUCAUCAUCAUCAUCCGAAGCAUCAUCAUCAUCAUCAUCAUCAUCAUCAUCAUCCGAAGCAUCAUCAUCAUCAUCAUCAUCAUCAUCAUCAUCCGAAGCAUCAUCAUCAUCAUCAUCAUCCGAAGCAUCAUCAUCAUCAUCAUCAUCAUCAUCCGAAGCAUCAUCAUCAUCAUCAUCAUCAUCAUCAUCAUCAUCAUCAUCCGAAGCAUCAUCAUCAUCAUCAUCAUCAUCAUCAUCAUCCGAAGCAUCAUCAUCAUCAUCAUCAUCAUCAUCAUCCGAAGCAUCAUCAUCAUCAUCAUCAUCCGAAGCAUCAUCAUCAUCAUCAUCAUCCGAAGCAUCAUCAUCAUCAUCAUCAUCAUCAUCAUCAUUAUCAUCAUCAUUUCCUUUCAUCAGUAUUGUUAUCUGA